AUGCCAUCAAAAAAAUACACCAAUAUAUUACCAGUAUUUUUUUAUUUGAAGAAGUCGUGUUACAAUCAUCUCAAAAUGUCUUUGUUGACCCAAGUUACGAUAUUCUGUUUGUGUUUAGCUCUGUACAAUGCUGAGGACUUGCAAUUAGGGUCUGGUGUUAAUGCUCAACUAGGUUACCAGGAGAUUGUCAAACUAGGAUCUGUACCUUUGACUGUGAGGACUAAGAAUGUGUUCUACAACUCUAAUAACACUAAGACCAUUAAGAGCAUAUCAGCAGUGGACAUUGACAAGUCGAAGGCUGUACCAACAAUCACAGCUGGUGGCAUCGGCUCAUCCUUUGUCAAUGUGCGGCUGAAGAGUGAGAAGGGAAAGGCCCUCAACUACCUGGUCCAGAUAUUUGUGUGA